AUGGGACCUCCUCACACCCCGGCCCAAGAUCCAGGCAGCAGCGUCAGCGUCCCAGAAAUAAUCCGUAAGAAACGGGAUGGCGAGAAGCUUCAAGAGGAGGACAUCCGGACCUUCAUCCACGGCGUGACGAGAGGCACCCUGAAGGAUGGGCAGAUUGGGGCGAUGCUCAUGGCCAUCCGACUGCAGGGGAUGGAUGCGGAAGAGACCCUAGCGCUAACCCAGGAGAUGGCUGCAUCAGGGCAAGUCUUGGAGUGGCCGGAGAAAUGGAAGGGGCUCCUGGUGGACAAGCACUCCACAGGCGGGGUGGGCGACAAAGUCAGCCUGCCCCUCGCCCCGGCCUUAGCGGCCUGUGGCUGUAAGGUGCCCAUGAUCAGCGGCCGAGGCCUGGGCCACACCGGGGGCACCCUGGACAAGCUGGAGGCUGUGCCUGGCUUCACGGUCUCCCAGAGUCCUGAACAGAUGAGAGAGAUCCUGGAAACGGUCGGCUGCUGCAUCGUGGAGCAGAGCCGAGAGCUGGUUCCGGCAGACAAGGUGCUCUACGCGCUGAGAGACGUCACAGCCACUGUGGACAGCUUGCCGCUCAUCACAGGCUCCAUCCUGAGCAAAAAGGCUGCAGAGAACAUCUCCGCCCUGGUGCUGGAUGUGAAGUUUGGUAGUGGGGCCCUCUACCCCACCCUGGAGAGCGCUCAGCAGCUGGCACAGAGCCUGGUGUCAGUAGGAACAGAGCUGGGGAUCAGCUCCGUAGCCGUUCUCACAAGGAUGGACGAGCCAGUGGGGCGUCGAGUGGGUCACUCCCUGGAGGUGCUGGAAGCCUUGGAGUGCCUGGAAGGAGGAGGCCCCAGAGAUCUCCGUGAGCUGGUCACCACCCUCGGGGGCACCUUGCUGUGGCAGUGCAGCAGAGUGGCCUCAGUGCCCGAGGGGGCUGCCCGCAUUGCCCAGGCCCUGGACGAUGGCUCAGCGCUGCGCACCUUCCAGGCCAUGCUGCAGGCCCAAGGAGUGGAGGCCACCGUGGCCCAGGCCCUGUGCACGGGCUCGGAGGACGAACGCUUCCAGGUGCUGGGCUGGGCCGGGACCCAGGAGGAACUACUGGCUCCGAAGGAGGGAACCAUCCGGCAGAUUCUAGCCCUGCCUAUCGCUCAGGUGCUCCACGGUCUGGGAGCCGGACGCUCCCGGGAGGGCCAAGCCAUCAAUCACAUGGUGGGAGCUGAGUUGCUCAUCUCCGUGGGGCAGCCCCUGAGGAAAGGGUCUCCGUGGCUCCGGAUACAUCAUGAAAGCCCCAAACUGGGAGACGAGGACCGAAGUGCCCUGCAAGCAGCACUGAUUCUGGAAGACCCUUUUGCUCCCCACUUGAGGGUGGCAAAGACCAUCUUUCCUCAGGCGCCUCCGAAAGAGACUGGGUCGAUGGGGAAACGGGGGGGACACGAACAGAAGCAGAACUUGGGGGGCGCCCAACCCCCGUCCAGCUGAAUCU